GGCCCUGGCCUCUUCUUCCCGUCCGGCCUGACCUACUCCACAUCGCAGUCCCUGCCGCAGGCCAUCCCGGCCGGUGCAACUACGGUCCAGGUCGCAGAUGCCAGCCUCUUUGCGGUCGGAGACACCGUGGCCUUUUCGAGCCUCGCAGGCCUGCAAUUCAUGUUCGGCCUUUUGCAAGUCCGAGACACCGUUGCCAAGACAGACUUGGUAGAGACUAAGAAUGUGACUGCCGUCGCUGCCAACACUUUGACACUUGACUCUCCUCUUGCGAACAGCUACUCCAGCGACGCCACCAUCACCGUGGUCACGGCGCCCGUGACACCACCGGUGACGACCACCACGACCACGACAACACCCUUGCCGCCAACAAGUCGUCCCGGAAGAUCUUUGCUGAUCACGGCGGAGAGCGGCGUGUUCCUGUGUAAGAUUCCUGCGGUUGGCGCAAGCGGCUCGGGCUUGGACCCAAGCAACUCCACCUUCUGCAAGACAAUGGCGCUGCCCGGCGACACUGAGCAGAACCCGCCUGCCGGCCUGAACAAACCCUUCCGGUCCAUCCAGGCGGACAAUGGUGACAUCAUUGUGGUGGACAAGGACAACGGCCGCAUUCAGCGAUGUCCCCUUGCCGGGCCUUGUUUCACGGUGGCCCCGGUGGGUAAUAUGACCUUGAACCAACCGCGUGCCGUGCAGCUGGACCAGGCCGGGAGGUACGUGAUUGCAGACUUCAGCGGCGUGAAGCGGUGCGAUGCAACGAGCUGCGUGCAUUUGGGCCCUGCCCCCACAUUUCCCGAUCCGUCUGACCUUUCAUACUCGCAGAGUGUGUUGGAUGGGGCGUCGGAUGUGCGCCUGGAGGGUUCGGACCACUUCGUGACUUCCGCCGUGAACGGCAACGGAGUGCAGAAGUGCCAGGCGGUAGUGAACGGAACAUGCGACAUCAUCCUGAACGUGCAGAUGUCCUGCGCCGUCGUUGGGGAAGAUGGUUACUUCUUCUGUGACCCGGCCUUCAACGGCAACGAUGACAGCAUCAAGUUCUGCCGCUUUGAGGAUGUGGAGUGUCAAGACAACGCUCUCACCGUUGUGGCCGGAGGGGUGCGUGGGAGCGGGCCUACACAGAUGCGCUCGCCUGGGGACGUGCUGGUGGAUGAGACGGGCAGUUUCAUCGUGGCAGACUCUUUCCAGAACAACCGCAUUCAGCGAUGCCCGCCGCGGCAGGACCCCAACAUCGCCGAAGUUUGUGAGACCUUGUUCCAGGGCCCUG